UGUGACGGAUGUCAGUCAGAUGAAGACAGACAGCAGCAGCAUCUGUCAGUGUCUGCUGAUGAAGGGACGACGUCUCUUUGACCUCAUCUGAACGGGACUUUAACAGUGUGUAGAUAUGGCUGCUGCAAACUAUCUGUCAUCUGAAGAUCAGUUUCUGUGCUCCAUCUGUCUGGAUGUCUUCACUGAUCCUGUCUCCACACCAUGUGGUCACAACUUCUGCAAGAACUGCAUCACUGAACACUGGAAUACUAAUGACCAGUACCUGUGUCCCCUGUGUAAUAACGUUUUCAACACAAGACCUGAGCUGCACGUCAACACCUUCAUCUCUGAGAUGGUGGCUCAGUUCAGACAGUCAGCUCAACAGAAAGCCAGCAGCAGCAGCUCAGAGCAACAAGUGUCCAAACCAGGAGAAGUUCCCUGUGACGUCUGCACUGGAACCAAACUGAAGGCCCUGAAGUCCUGCCUGGUGUGUCUGGUCUCCUACUGUGAGACUCACCUGGAGCCUCAUCUGACCACGUCAGGUCUGAAAAGACAUCAGCUGAUCGACCCUGUGGAGAACCUGGAAGGCAGGAUGUGUACGAAGCACGAUAAACCUCUGGAGCUGUUCUGUAAGACCGACCAGACAUGUGUCUGCAUGCUCUGUCCUUAUUCAGAUCACAGUAGGCAUAAUGUUGUUCCUCUGAAAGAAGAAUAUGAAGGAAAGAAGGCAGAGCUGGGGAAGACAGAGGCUGAAAUUCAGCAGAUGAUCCAGAAGAGACGACUGAAGAUUCAGGAGAUCAAACACUCAGUAGACCUCAGUGAUGAAGCUGCAGACAGAGAGAUAGCAGAAGGUGUUCAGGUCUUCAGAUCUCUGAAGGAGUUUGUUGAGAGAGGCCUGAAUGAGCUCAUCAACACCAUCAAAGAGAAGCAGAAAACAACAGAAAAACAGGCCGAAGCUUUCAUCACAGAGCUGGAACAGGAAAUCUCUGAGCUGAUGAAGAGAAGCACUGAGGUGGAGCAGAUGUUACGCUCUGAAGACCACCUCCAUCUUCUCCAGAGGGCCCAGUCCCUAAACAUCCAUCAACCUCCACCCACCAAAGACUGGACAGAGGUCAGGGUCCGUCCACCAUCAUAUGAGGGGACUGUGGUGAAAGCUGUGGUUCAGCUGGAGGAGACGCUCUGUAAAGAGAUGAAGAAGCUGGUUGAAGCCGAGCUGAAGAGGGUCCAGUGGUAUGCAGUGGAUGUGACUCUUGAUCCUGAUACAGCACAUCCUGCUCUCAUCCUGUCUGAUGAUGGGAAACAAGUGAAUGCUGGUGAUGUGAGGAAGAAUCUCCCAGACAACCCAGAGAGAUUUUCUAAGUGUACUAAUGUUUUAGGAAAACAGAGUUUCUCUUCAGGCAGAUUUUACUUUGAGGUUCAAGUUAAAGAAAGUACUGAAUGGGCUUUAGGAGUGGCCAGAGAGUCGAUCAACAGGAAGGGAGACAUCACACUGAGUCCUCAGAAUGGUUACUGGACGAUAUGGUUGAGAAAUGGAAAUGAGUACAGAGCUCUUGCUGCCCCUUCAGUCCUUCUGUCUCUGAAGUCUCCUCCUCAGGAGGUGGGGGUGUUUGUGGACUAUGAGGAGGGUCUGGUCUCCUUUUAUGACGUAGAUGCUGCAGCUCUUAUCUACUCCUUUACUGGCUGCUCCUUCACUGAGAAACUCUUCCCAGUCUUCCACACUGGUAAUCAUUGGAUUUCAAUCAACGAUGUUCUUGUUUUUUGGGUGAGAAAUUCUGAUUUUGACACAGACACAAGUUGGAUUUCAGACGAGGAUGUUCUUUAUGGUUGAGAAUAAAGUUGAACUUUCAGUAUUAGUGCCAGACAUAAAAACAAUAAAUCAGAGAUAGAAUUUGUUGUUUUUGCAUUUUGAGAAUAAAGUCGAAAUGUUGAAAAAGAUUUUGAAAUCCAAUUUUGAGAAUAGUGUCUAAAUAUCAGGAAUAAUGUUGAAAUAUGGAGAAUAAAGUCAACAUUUCUCAUUUUGACUUCAUUUUCUAAAAGCUGAAAC